AUUUCUCCUCAUUUCUUUACAUAAGAUGUAUUAUUUUUUUAACCAUUAAAUAUAAAUAUUGUGUCUUCAUCAUUUUACUAAGACAUUUGAGUCUUAAAUUUCAAUGCGUCUAUAAUUAACGUAAUAUUUAAUAUAAGUAAGGAACAAGUUACAAAUCGGAACUCGGAAGUCACCUUAAGGUUACUGCAGAGCAAGCUAUAUAUUAUGAACAUUACCUGUGCGGGCGCAGUGCUCGUUAUAACGUGACCGUGACUUUUGUGAACGUGAAGCGAAAACAUGCAUCGAAUACUUUUGAUAGCCGCCUUAGGGGUAGCGAACGCUUACCCCGUACUAUUCAAUGAACCCUUACAUGCUGGGGUCGAAUAUGCUGUACCGCUGGCUCCAGCAGUACAGUCCCACCCUUCUGUAGAACUUAACGCAGCGAGUGAAGCACAACUUCCAAGAGAACUUCUUAAAUCAAAUGCCUUUUAUGAUAACCCCGCAAUUGCUGCUGGCUUGGCGAAAGAAUCGUGGUUUACUAAUAAGGAAAUGCAGGUAGUUGAGCGUGAGGCUGAAAAGAUACCGAGGCAGAGGAUCUAUGACAUGGUGAAAGGAGCUGGCUUCCUUGAUCAGCACUAAACAUUGAUUACCACUUUUGACACCCAAAAUUAAUUUGUGUAUCAUGGAUCUAUAAUGACUUUUUUUUCACACAUUAUUCUUUAAACAUAAUUAUUUUGAUAGUAAAAAUAUUAUAUUUAUUUAAGUGGAUAAUGUUGUUGUCGUAAUCUUAGUUUGAAUAUUUGUUGCUUGAGUUCCGUUGAUUAUAAGUAUUUUUAAGUUGUAUAUUUACCUUUUAGUUUGUAAGCCUUGUAAAUACGCACGUGAUUUAAAUUUAGGCCGUCACCUUGUUUGAUUUAAUUUAAACUUAAUUGUGUGAAUGUGUACAAUUAUUAUCUGUGAUCUCGAACAAUAAGUACUAGCGUAAGUUAUUGUUUCGUAUACUGUUUAUUUAA